UUGAAUUUCUACAUCGAUAUUUGCUUUUAAUGCCCCGAGAUAACCAUAACGACAUUCAAGCUUCGCACAGUUUCAGUUAAAAAACAGCUAAUUUGCUUAUUCGUUAAGGUCAAUCGGCGGUUCAAGCUUUAGGGCAACACGAAGUCGGUUCUGAGCAAAAUAUGACCUCACUUCGGUGAUUAAGCUUCUAGAAUUGCCUUUGUUGCACGAUCGUUGUUUUACAGACAGUGGCCCUAUGGAGCCUGACAGAUUAAAUUCCCCAACAACAUUCGAAAUGCCAUUGGAGAUUUUGGGCCAUGAGUUGCAGUUUUCUCAGGAUCCUAAUUCCAAGCACUUGGGAACUACUGUAUGGGAUGCAUCACUUGUGUUUGUCAAGUUUCUAGAAAAAAAUUGCAGAAAGGGAAAGUUUUCCCCGGCUAAACUAAAAGGAAAACGUGUAAUUGAACUUGGAGCUGGUUGUGGAGUUUCUGGAUUUGGCAUGGCUUUGCUGGGGUGUGAUGUUGUAUUGACUGACCAAAAAGAGGUAUUGCCAAUACUACAGAGAAAUGUCGAGCGAAAUAUUUCAAGGGUUAUGCAGCAAAAUCCUGAUUUAUUUGGUUCAAUCAAGGUUUCAGAGUUACAGUGGGGAGACAGUGAUCAAAUUAGGGCCGUCAAUCCUCCCUUUGACUUCAUUAUUGGUACUGACGUUGUUUAUGUAGAGCAUUUGUUGGAGCCUCUGCUGCAGACAAUCGUUGCUUUAUCUGGACCAAGGACUACAGUUUUGCUGGGCUAUGAGAUCCGUUCCACCAUUGUCCACGAGCAGAUGCUUCAGAUGUGGAAAAAAACCUUUGAUGUCAAGACUGUUCCAAAGUCCAAGAUGGAUGAAACGUUCCAACAUCCUAGUAUUCAGCUCUUCAUCAUGGGAUCAAAACCUGCAGUAGAGCGCCUAGAAAACUCUGCUCUCACCACUGCCGAGAAAGUUGAUGGCGUUGAAACUAGUGGGGAAGACAAAACUAAUGAGGAAAAUGUUGCCGAAGAAAAAGGGUCUGAUAUUGCAGGAGAAAAAGUUGAGACAAUCCCCCCGAACACAAAACUCAGUGACUGGGAAGUCAGGAGAUAUGGCUCGAUGGCUGCAAGGAUGUUGCGAGACGUAAACAUAACAUGAUUCUAAGAGUCGUCUGCUCAGUUUUAUUAUUAAUGACAAAUUUGUAUCGCAUGAGCCCGAAUUUUUGUUUUCUGUGGAGCUGCAAAAUUCAACAUGCCAGAACUAGAAAGCAUUUGCGUAAAUUUGAACCGUGCCAAAGCACCUUGCACUUGUCAAAUUAACUUUCUACUUGACGUGAGAAUGCAUGAGUGAAUUAUGUUCCAUGAAGCACAGAUUAGUGUUAAAUAUUCGUCCUUUAUAAGGAUUACGCUAGUAUUUUUUCCUAAGAAAAA